AUUCUUCAGAAAAUGCCACACCUCUUAUUAUCCUCUUCAAUCGAUGAGCUUUUCUGCUUUUUCUCUUUCUUUUCUUCCUUCCCUCUCUCACUCUCUCUCUCUCUCUUUCAUCAUUCAUGGAGGAUUGGAGGAGAUCCAAGUAAACCAGACUUUUACCCCAUAAAUCCUACAGCAUCAUCUCCCUCCCUCUUCUCUCUUUUGUCCAAAUACCCACAACAGGAAAACGUUUGCUUCCUUUUCACACCCAAAAAUCAAAUACCGGCAAGCAUUUUUCCUCCAUUCUCUCUCUCUCUCUCUCUGAGACUCUCAUCUUGGCGUCAUUCUUCUAAGCUGGGAAAGCUAAACCCAGGUUUAUACUCUCCCUCCUCACACACUCUCUCUCUCUCUGUUUUUAUGUUCAGUUUUUAUUACAUUAAUGGCUGAAUUGAUUCAUGAUGUAAGCCUUUUUGUACCCCAUUUCCGGCCGAGUGUGAAGAUACAUUUUCCCUUCUGAGAUUGGGAGAUUUCUGUUCUGGGUCUCAUACCUGAUCGCUUGUAGCUUACUGGGCAUUAAUAAAGUUGCAACCUUGAUCAGAGCUUCUGCACUUGUUUCAUAUAGAUCUUUGGUAGUCCAGUUUGCUUUUGGGGGUAAAAACCAACCACCCCACAUCUCAGAUCUUGCAUCCUGUAUGAAUAGUACCAGUAAUUAGCUAGCUAGGCUAGGGUGCAAAACGAAAGCCACACCCAACUUCGCCGCCCAGAUUCCCAAAACCAACCACCCCACCCCACAUCGCAGAUCUUGCUCUAGCUAGUAAAGCUCCUGGAGGCGGGCAACUCAGGAAACUAGCGUUGCUGUGGUUGUUGUAAAGCUCGCUCAUUUCGCCCCAUCAGACUUCAGAUCUCUAGCAUAGCAUUAGCAGGUUUCCUGUCCUUCCUAAACCCAAACCAGUGCCAUGCUCAAGCAAAUCCUCAGCAAAAUCCCCCGCAAGUCCUCAAAACCUGACCCAAUAGAUGCCACCACGGUGAUCGACACUGGUACCAACAACAAUCCUGUUUCCAACUCGGGCAAUGGUGCCCCCUGUAGUACUACUACAAAUGGAGGGAACUCAUUUUCAAGCCGGCUGAAUGUCGUCAAAAGGGUAUCUUCAGCAGUUUUCCCUUCAAGCAUUAUGUCCGGGGGAGUAGAUGCAGCAGUUGAGCCCCAUAUCUCCUUCAAAGACAUCUCACCCCUACAAAAGCAGAACCUCUUUAUCAGCAAACUAAACUUCUGCUGUGAGAUCUCCGACUUCAGCGAUGCACAUCUAGACCUCAAACGAGAAGCAUUGGUCGAGCUCCUCGAUUUUGUCUCUUCUGGUUCUGCCAAGUUCACCGAACCAGCCAUUUCUGCCAUUUGCAAGAUGUGUGCUGCAAACCUCUUCCGUGUCUUCCCUCCCAAGUACCGUAAUUCUUCCAAUGCCACAGAAACAGAUGACGAAGAACCCAUGUUCGACCCGGCUUGGUCGCAUUUGCAACUUGUGUACGAGCUGCUACUUCGAUUCACAAGUUUGGUCGAUGCUAAAGCGGCUAAGAAGCAAGUGGAUCACUCCUUUGUUUUGAGACUGCUCGACCUAUUCGAUUCCGAUGAUCCAAGAGAGAGGGACUGUUUGAAGAGCGUUCUACAUAGGAUUUAUGGCAAGUUCAUGGUGCUGAGACCAUUUAUAAGGAAAGCAGUGAGCAAUAUCAUCUACCGUUUUGUUUAUGAGACCGAACGGCACAAUGGGAUUGCUGAGCUAUUGGAGAUAUUUGGGAGCAUUAUUAGUGGGUUUGCCUUGCCAUUGAAGGAAGAGCAUAAGUUGUUUCUGUGGAGGGCUUUGAUGCCGUUGCAUAAACCAAAGUCGGUGGGGAUCUAUCAUCAGCAGUUGGCGUAUUGCAUUGUGCAGUUUGUGGAUAAGGAUCCUAAACUUACCGGUGAGGUGAUCAAAGGGUUGUUGAAGUACUGGCCGGUGACUAAUAGUCAGAAGGAGUUGAUGUUUAUAAGUGAGGUAGAGGAGAUGCUGGAAAUGACCAGCAUGGAUGAGUUUCAGAAGGUUAUGGUGCCUUUGUUUCGAAGAAUUGGUGGCUGUCUGAAUAGCUCCCAUUAUCAGCAGGUGGCUGAACGAGCACACUUGUUAUGGAACAAUGAGCGAAUUGUCAACCUCGUCAUCCAUAACCGGCAGGUGAUAGUCCCGAUUGUGUUUUCAGCACUCGAGCGCAACAGUCAGAACCACUGGAACCAAGCAGUCCUCAACCUAACGCAGAACAUAAGGAAGAUGUUUCUGGAAAUGGAUGAAGAGCUGAUGCUCGCCUGCCAAUGUAAGUUGGAGGAAGAACAGUCCAAGUCGAACGUGGUGGCCGAGAAGAGGAGACUGACUUGGGAAAACCUGGAAAGUGCAGCCGGUGGAGCUGCAAGUUUCAACAACCCGAUUUCCAACACCAUCAACUUAGCUCAUGUCGAGUCAGCCUCCUGUUCUGUUGCCUGCUAGUUUGGCCACUAGCACUGAGAAGACAGCAACCAUUAGCUUCACGAUGCAGCAUAAGGAACCACACAUUCUUCUCUACGCAUUCCCGUGGGUGGCGAGUAGGGAUGCUGUUUGUAGUUGUGUUAAAAAGGAUUGGUAAAUGUUUAGGGUUGCUUGGGACAUACGCAAUGGGAUGGAUGAGGUGGUGGUGGUGAGAAUUUGAUGAGCCCCUCAAAAGCCUUUUGCACUAUGAAAGUAUGUGUAUUAUGAAAGGCUGUUUGUUUUCAGUUGUGCCCCCCCAAUUUGUUGCAGGUUCUAACCUUAGCAAGAGAGAUUAUUCAUUUUUAUUGAAAAAGCUGUUUGCUUCGGUACUUGUAUAGCUAGUUAAUGCAGUUUGCUUUCCCACCCAAUUUUCCAGAUCAUCAUUUCUUCUUGCUAGCUCUGCUGUUAUUCAAAGACUGGUUGCUUCCUGCACCUGAUUUUGUAUGUUUAGCACGCCCUUUUGUUACCAUUGCUUGGACAA